AACUAAUAAGUGGCAGAAAAAAAAUCGAAUUAGCGAACUGACGUGGAAGUUCGUUUUUGCUUGGAAGUUUUGUUAAAAACUACGUUACCUGUGCGCUCAUACCCAGCGAAAGCUGCAAAAAAUUGCACAACAAACGCAAGACAACGCAUCUAGGCCCAAAUUUCAGCGAAACAACGUUUGAAAUCGUUCGAAUUCGUGAAAACGAGAACGCGAACUUUGAGCUGCAAUUAGAGUGUGUUGUGUGUGUGUGAAAGUUGUUGCUACGKUUUUAUGUGCUCAUAUUGAGUCGCUGCUCGCAGGCCAAUAUAUAAAGAAAUGAAUCCAAACAUGUAUGGUCCACCGCCGACACAAUUUCAACCACAAUAUCCAGCGGGGCCGCCACGGGGACCGACGGGUUGGCCAUCACAACAACAACAACAACAACAGCAACCGUUGCAAUCGCAGCCACCGCCACAACAACAGCAGCCACAUCAACAGCCACAACAGCAGCCACCAACCCAACAACAACAACAAUAUGGUGCUCCAGUGACAUCUGCUCAACAACCCUAUGUAAACGGCAACUAUCAGCAGCAGUUGACCACGUCGAUGAGUGGCCUGAGUGUGAGUGGUAAUCCUUUAAAGCCCUCGCAGCCACCGAUUGGCAUGCCUACUGCUGGAGUUGGAGCUCCUGUCGCUGCACCAUCGGGCCCGUUUAAUCAAUUCAACUCGAACGCACCGCCAACGUCGCAGCCCAUGCCACCGGCUAGUUCAGGCAUGAAUUUUAACAACAAYAACAAUGCCUACGCUGCAGCCUAUGCAAACGGCUCGGCAGGUCCGUCUCCGUCUCCGGCUCCGCCAGUUUCUGCGGCUGCAGCAGGUCCCUCACCGUCGCCAGCGCCGUCGAUGUUUCCGCCCACAUCAUCGGCAUCCAACAUGGCUCAGCCAACAUCGGCAGCUGCAACCAUGCCGCAAAACGUACCCGGUGGCAUUAACCAGAUGACACUCAAUAGCGCCAGCUUGGCUGGCUUGCCGCAUAUGCCACCAAAAUCAUCUGCUCAGCAGUUGCCGCCAACAUCCACAGCUCCUGGACAGGCACUGCCACCUGUAACGCAGGCGGGAGGCUAUGGGCGACCUGGUCAACCGCAGAUGCCGCCUGGUGCAGCUGCUCCAGCCGCGUUUGCACAGCCUGGUAUGCCUCCCCAGCGUCCAGCUGCUGGCGGUGCUCCAGCAGCUGCAUUCGCGCAGCCUGGCAUGGUGACUCAGCCUCCUUCCGUUGGUGGUCCAAGUAGUAAUCCUUAUGGAGUGCCACCACCUGGCAACUUUCCUGGCUCAUAUGCUGGUCAACCAGCUUCGGGUCCCGGUCCGGCUUCGGCUCCGACUUCGGCUCCGGGUGCAUAUCCAGGUGCACCUCCAUUACCAGGACAGCAGGCAGGGCCACAACAAUAUGGCGCAGCUCCACCUCCAGCUGUCGGCUAUCCACCACAGCCCGGGCAACAGUUGCAGCAGCCAUCCAUGCCUGGUUAUCCGCCUCAGCCAAUGCCCGGCUAUCCGCCCCAGGCUGGUCAGCAACCGCAACAGCCCAUGCCUGGCUAUCCUCCCCAGCCUGGCAGCUAUCCUGGACAACCAGGACCCGGCCGUCCUGGCUAUAACCAACCGCCCAUGCCAGGAGCUGGAAGUAUGUAUCAACAGGCGCCGCCGCGUCGCCUAGAUCCCGAUCAAAUGCCCAAUCCCAUACAGGUGAUGAUUGAAAAUCAGCAAGCAGCCGGUGGAAUCUUUGUAACAAACCAGCCGGGCCUAUUGCCGCCGCUGGUAACCACGAAGUUUGUGGUGCACGAUCAGGGCAACUCCUCACCGCGCUUCAUACGCUCCUCCCUAUACUGCAUACCCAAUACGGGUGAUUUGUUGAAGACGACGGCACUGCCCCUAACGCUCAACAUUUCACCUCUGGCGCGCAUUGGCAAAGGCGAAAUGGAACCACCAAUUGUCAAUUUUGGAGACAUGGGCCCAAUACGUUGCAAUCGCUGCAAGGCUUAUAUGUCGCCCAACAUGCAGUUCGUGGACGCUGGCCGCCGUUUCCAGUGCCUUAUGUGCAAGGUUACAACAGAAGUGCAUCCCGAUUACUAUCAGCACUUGGAUCACACUGGACAGCGUGUGGACAAGCAUGAGCGACCGGAACUGCUCUUGGGCACUUACGAAUUCCUCGCCACCAAGGAUUACUGUCGUAACAAUACGGCGCCAGAGGUGCCCGCGUUUAUAUUCGUCAUAGAUGUAUCGUACAAUACGAUCAAGUCCGGAUUGGUGCAUCUGCUUUGCUCGCAAAUCAAGAACAUACUCAAACAUUUGCCGGUUGACCAGGGCCAGGAUAAGUCAAAGGUGCGCGUCGGCUUCAUAACUUAUAACAGCACCGUUCACUUCUACAACAUCAAAAGCAGUUUAGCUCAACCACAGAUGAUGGUUGUGGGCGAUGUGCAGGAGAUGUUUAUGCCGCUGCUUGAUGGUUUCCUCUGUCAUCCAGAGGAGUCCGCGGCGGUGAUCGAUGCGUUAAUGGAGGAAAUACCGCGCAUGUUUGUCGACACCAAGGAAACAGAAACUAUACUCUAUCCAGCCAUACAGGCCGGUCUGGAAGCGCUCAAGGCAUCGAAUGCCUCUGGCAAGCUAUUGGUAUUCAAUUCAACGCUGCCCAUCGCGGAGGCACCUGGCAAGCUCAAGAAUCGCGAUGAUCGCAAACUGCUUGGCACAGACAAGGAGAAGACGGUUCUGACGCCCCAAACGACAGUGUACAAUCAGCUGGGACAGGAAUGCGUACAGCAAGGCUGUUCCGUGGAUCUAUUUGUGUUCAACAAUGCAUACAUUGACAUUGCGACCAUUGGACAAGUGUCGCGGCUGACCGGUGGCGAGGUCUACAAGUAUACAUAUUUCCAAGCUGAGCUCGAUGGCAAGCGUCUUAUUGAAGAUAUUAUUAAGAACGUAUCGCGUCCAAUCGCAUUUGAUGCAGUGAUGCGUGUUCGCACCUCGGCGGGUAUUCGACCUACAGAAUUCUUUGGACACUUCUACAUGUCAAAUACCACUGACGUGGAGCUGGCAAGCAUUGAUGCGACCAAGUCUGUGAGCAUUGAGAUCAAGCAUGAUGAUAAGUUGGCGCCAGAGGAAAAUGUGUACAUACAGGUGGCUCUGCUAUAUACAUCGUGCAGUGGGCAGCGACGUUUGCGCAUAUUGAAUUUAGCUCUGCGCGUAACUGUAACUAUUGCGGAUGUAUUCAAGAGCUGUGACCUGGACGCCAUGAUGCUGUUCUUUGCGAAGCAGGCCUGUUUCAAGCUGAUGGAGCACUCGCCCAAACAGGUCAAAGACAAUCUCAUACAGCGAUCCGCACAGAUUUUGGCCUGCUAUCGCAAGCACUGCACAUCGCCAACAUCCGCUGGCCAAUUGAUACUACCCGAGUGCCUGAAGCUAUUGCCGCUGUACGCAUCCUGUUUGCUGAAGAACGAUGCCGUCUCUGGUGGCUCUGAUAUGACUCUGGAUGAUCGCUCCUAUGUUAUACAAUUUGUGCUGGCCAUGGAUCUGAAUAUGUCGGUCAACUAUUUAUAUCCACGCUUCAUUCCCAUUCACAACGUGGAUAUCGAUGACACGUCGCUGCCAACGCCGGUGCGCUGCACACAUGAGAAGAUAACCGAAGACGGCGCAUACAUACUGGAGAACGGUGUGCAUCUGUUUGUUUGGCUGGGCCAGUCCUUGUCGCCCUCGUUUGUGCAAUCCGUAUUCGGUGUCCAAUGCACGCAACAGGUGAAUGCCGAGCGAUUCGCAAUCACCGCAGAUACGCCGCUGGCACGUCGCAUCACUGGCAUCAUCGACCAGAUUAUGGAAGAGCGCACGCGAUAUAUGCGGGUCACCUGUGUGCGGCAGAACGACAAGCUGGAGAGCGUGUUCCGGCAUUUCCUUAUCGAGGAUCGAGGCACAGAUGGCUCGGCUAGUUAUGUAGAUUUCCUGUGCCACAUGCAUAAGGAGAUCAAGGACCUGUUAAGUUAGCACGUAGGCAACUCACAUAAAUCACCGACUGCCAGCUGCUAUUCCACUGAGGAGCGUUGGUCCAGGAGCUACUCACAGAAUCGGGCGCGCAUGCGUCGUCUCUCGUUCAGCAGUCGUCGAUUUAAAUGAGCGCGUUUGCAUAUUUAUAGCAUAUAGAGCAGACAUAAAUUCAAUUAUACAUACAUAUUCAUAUAUAUACAUAUAAACAUAUAGCCGCGACAUCAUUUCGAGCGUUACAAAUCUUCCAUUAAUUUUUAUUAAACUUUACACAUUUUGCAUGUUCUCUAUAUUUCUGUUGUCAAUCUUAAGUAUUCCAUAUGCUUAUCUGUGUGUGCGUGUGUGUUUGUAUGUGAAUUUCUGCUCUAUAAACAUUUGUUAAACGAGCAACUUCAAUUAGACAAAUUAA